AUGUCGACGUUCAUUGUCAAGUUCAUAGCAAAUCGAUUACUCAAGGAUAACCAGUGGAACAAGUUUGGCGUGGAGGAUCCGUUCUACGAAUAUGUUCCUGUUCAUGUAAAUGAAAAAUCUGGCAAGACUCUGUACAAAAAGGUCACUCGCAGGGUGCCUCAAGGAUUGUCUGCCAAUGACGAAAAAGUACUUAAUCUGGUGAGAAAGCGUGCGUACCGCUAUGAUAUGUGGUUCCAGUUUAUGGGGGUGAAGUUUGGUUGGACCAAUAUCGUUGGUUUUGUCCCGAUUGUAGGGACUUUGGUGUCGACUUAUUGGUCGCUUGGACUCUUGUGGCUGGCUCGCCAGUUGGAUGACGGCUUGCCUUUCGAUUUGCAGUUACUUUACUUGCUCAACAUUGCCAUAGACUUUUUAUUGGGACUCAUUCCGUUUGUUGGAGACCUCAUUGAAGUGGGCUACAAAUCCAACCUGAGAAACUUUUUGCUCUUGGAGAAACAUUUGGACCGUGUGGGCCAAAAGAACAUGGGAUUGAUUUCCCCUGAAGAGGUUAGACCGGGUUUCAUCAACGACAAGGUCAAACCUAUGGUGGACGAGUCGAUUGUUCCUGGCGCCAAAUUGGCCGGCGAAAAAAUCAAGAGCUUUAUUCACGACCACAGCGCCUCCAGCUCCGGAGUUAGCACGCCAAAACUCAAAUCUUCAGUAGCAUCAGCAACCACUCUGACUGCGCCCACCACUGUUUCCGGUUCGGUUCCCGAUGCAGGUUCCGACGCUGCCACCGUUGCCCUGUCCAUAGACGGCCGCAGCAAAAAGAGUAUUUAG